GCCUGCCCUGGGCGAGCAGUGCCGAGCAGCGCCGAGCAGGGUCCCCUGUACCAUUGGGGACCCCCUUGGAAGCCGUGGUGCCUGGAACUGUGUCGGAUUUGCUGCACCCCCCGCUGUGGCCAUGAGCUCCGAGAAGACGAGUGUGUGGAUGUGACGAUGUGACGGACCCGCGACGAGCCCCGCACCGAACCCCAAGGGAGCCAUGAACGUGCACUUCGAGCGCAACUCCAACGCCAAGUGCGACUGCACCAUCCUCAACCUCACAUGGAUGGGCAAGGUGCCCGACGAGCUUCCAGAGCUGCAGGAGGAGGGCUGGAAGCUGAACCGCAACAACUACUACCAGGAGGGCUGGCUGGCGUCCGGCAACGUCCGCGGCAUCGUGGGCGUCACCUUCACGUCCAGCCACUGCAGGAAGGCCGCCGACUCGCCGCUGCGCACCAACUACAACCUCAGGGGCCACCACUCGCAGGUGGUGCUGGUGAAAUGGAACGAGCCCUACCAGAAGCUGGCCAGCUGCGACAGCUCGGGCAUCAUCUUCGUGUGGAUCAAGUACGAGGGCCGCUGGUCCGUGGAGCUCAUCAACGACCGCAACACCCCCGUCACCAACUUCGCCUGGAGCCACGACGGCCGCAUGGCGCUCAUCUGCUACCGGGAUGGCUUCGUCCUGGUGGGCUCCGUGGCGGGGCAGCGCUACUGGUCCUCCAUGCUCAACAUCGCCUCCACCAUCACGUGCGGGGUGUGGACCCCGGAUGAUCAGCAGGUGUACUUCGGCACCAGCUCGGGCCAGAUCAUCGUGAUGGACGUGAACGGCGCCAUGGUGAGCCAGGUCCAGAUCGGUGGCGGCCACUGCAUCACCGCCAUGGCCUGGUCCUGCGAGAAGUUCAAGAUGGACGAGGGCGACGACGGCGACCGCUCCAACAUGAUGCACCUCGACGGGCGGCCCUACGUGGUGGCGUGCGCCAUGGACACGGGCAGCAUCCUGUUCCUGCGGCGCUACGACGACCCCGCGCCGCUGCACCUGCAGACGGGGCUGCAGGCGCCGCUGUACAUGGAGUGGAGCAACGCCGGGGAGCUGCUGGCCGUGGCGGGCUGGCAGGCCAACGCGUCGCUGCUGCGGCCCGGCCAGCCGCCCCGCUACAAGAACACCCUCAAGUUCUACACGGACGCGGGCGUGCUGCUGUUCGUCAUCGACAUCCCCUGCAACAGGUGGCCGGUGACGGCGCUGACGUGGGGCCACAACGACAAGCGGCUGUUCGUGGCGACGGGUCCGCAGGUGCACAUCGCGUGGGUGUGCCGCCGCAUCCCCUCGCUCAGCCACCUGUGCCGCCUGCGCAUCCACAGCGCCCUGCCGCGCGGCGAGGCCCAGCUGUCGCAGCUGCCGCUGCCCAACCGCAUGCUGCACCUCAUCUCGCUGCUCUUCGCCCAGACCAUCCGGUGCUGCGUGCCCGAGCGCUGCGCGCUGCGUGAGUUCGUGAGCAAGCCUCCGCGCGGCCAGGUGCGCCUACACUGCACCAUGAUCCGGCACGGCGAGGAGACCAGCAUGGCCAACAGCACCACGUACACGCUGUACCUGGAGUACCUGGGCGGCCUGGUGCCUCUGCUCAAGGGCAAGCGCACCAGCAAGAUCAGGCCCGAGUUCGUCAUCUUCGACCCGCGCCACGACAUCCACGCGGCGGCGGACGACGCUCGCGUCGGCGCGCAGGGCCCGCUGUCCUACAUGACGCACUUGCCGUGGGGCGCGGCCGCGUCCGAGGAGGACCCGGAGACGGACUCGGACACGGAGGACGGCGGCUGCGUCAGUCCGCGCCUGGGCCGCCGCCGCCACCACCACCCCGGGCACCGCGGCCCCGGCGGCAGGCACUUCCGCAACCGGUACGCGCCCAGGAACACCCCGGCCGAGCUGGUGUACCGCGACAACCUGUCCGAGGACGACAACCUGGUGCAAGUGACGUCCAACAUCUGGGGCACGCGCUUCAAGGUGGUGGGGCUGAUGGGCGAGGGCAUGCCCGCCGUGCUGGGCCAGAUCACCUACAAGACGUCGCUGCUGCACCUCCAGCCGCGCCAGAUGACGCUCUGCAUGACGGAGCUGCGCGACGAGUCCAGCCCGCCCAUCAUCUUCGGGCUGGCGCCGCCCAAGGUGCUCAACCCCAAGACGCGCUCCUCGGCCGCCACCACGGCCCGCGACUCCACGCAGCGGCCGCGGCCCAUGCCGGCCGGCGUGCCCGCGCUGGCCCGCGCCGAGUCGUACACGGACGACGAGUUUCCCCAGGUGGCGCAGCUGCAGGUGCAGGGCCUGCAGGGCCAGGCGCAGGUGGAGACGGCGCAGCGCACCGCCACGCCCGCGCUGCAGUCGCCGCGCAUCGGCGUCGCGCCCUCGUCCAUGGUGAUGAGCGCCGUGUCGGCGGCCGCCGCGGACCACGGCGUCAACGUGCAGCGCGUCAAGGGCCACGGGCCGGCCGCCGCGGCCGCCAUGCCCUCCGACAUGACCUUCGUGGACCUGGACGCCCCCAACAUGCGCAUCCCCGUCUACAGCAUUCCGUCCGAGCUCAACAAGAUCGCCGACCUGGCCGACCCCGACGCCAUCCUGCCCGACCUCAUCAUCCCCGACGUCAACAUCGAGGACCUCAACAUCCCCGCCUUCAUGGACGAGCCCGAGCCGGGCGACCUGGACGAGCAGGGCGCCAUCGGCCUCAACUUCAUCGACGACGAGGUGGGCGAGGUGCGCAUCGGCCCGGUGCGCUCCGUCAGCGUGGGCUUCCUCAACGAGGCCGCCAUCAGCCUGGCGCCGCGCAAGCGCCUCGUGCUCACCAGGAAGGGCGCCGCGGAGGACAAGGAGGACGCCGAGGCCGCCGAGGCCGUCGAGGCCGGUGAGAAAGAGUUUGAUCGGGAACGACGAAGCUGCAGCAAGAGCAUCAGCAUGGACGCGUUCCCCGGGAGCAGCAAGCCGAACUCGUCCUAUUACGGCCCCGUGCUCAGCUCCACGCAGGAGGACGAGGACCCCGCCUCGGCGCGAGGUCGGCGUCGGAGUCCCGUGCCGCCGCUGCCACUGCCCCUGGCCAGGCCGGCGGAUGAGGGCAAGCGGGAGCCGCGGCAGCAGCAGCCCGCCGAGGUGCCCGUCGAGCCCCUGUUCGUCGACGUCCCGCCGCAGAACGCGCCCUUCCCACCCUUCCCCGCGGACUUCACCGCGGAGAUCGACAACGACGGCGACCUGGAGUCGUCCGAGACCGAGCGGUCGUCCCCGUUCGCGGCCCUGGUGGCGGCGGAGGUGCCUCUGCCGAGCAAGAAGAAGACCUUCUUCGACCUGAGCCCGCGCGAGAUGAUGAACCGCAUGGAGUGGCCCAGGCGGAAGAAGAAGACGAAGAAGGCCGAGGCCGCCAAGGACGCCGUCGACGGGCCGGCCCUAGAGGGCGACGCGGACGCCGACGGCGCAAGGCCCAGCACCUCCAGGCAGCCACACAGCACGCCGUCCAGCCCGGCCGCGUCCAAGAAGACGCCCAAGCGGACCUUGUCCUCCUCCCCCAUCAGGCAACGCAUCCUGAACUCGCCCUUGCUGCGACGCCGGCGCCGCAACCGCAGCGAGGCGGACCGGGACGGCGACGCGACGUCGGGCGACGAGGCGGCGGGGCUCAUGGCCGCCAUCGGGCCGCAGCAGUUCAGCACGCUCGAGUCCUUCCAGAAGGCGCAGCUGCGGCAGAAGCUGAAGCAGAAGAAGAAGGCCAAGGGCAAGGACUGCGCCGAGGAGGCGGUGGCGGACGACGCCGCGCACCCGCGCCAGCUGCAGUUCAUCAUGCACAACAAGGCGCCCAUGUGGAACGAGAACAGCCAGGUGUACCAGCUCGACUUCGGAGGCCGCGUCACCCAGGAGUCGGCCAAGAACUUCCAGAUCGAGUUCCUCAACAAGCAGGUGAUGCAGUUCGGGCGAAUCGACGCCAACGCCUACACGCUGGACUUCCAGUACCCGUUCUCCGCCCUGCAGGCGUUCGCCGUCGCCCUGGCCAACAUAACGCAGAGGCUCAAGUGAGCCUGUGCGGCACUCAUUGUGAUCAAAUAGCCUUUACCUCCCACGUCUUUCAACUCCUUCCUGUCUUGCUCAUCCCUGUAAAUUCGACAUUUGUUUUCCCUGACGGCUCAAUCCGAGGAGGACGCGUUGACAAUGAACUUGCCUGGCUGCCUGGCUCCGGCGCCUUGGCCGUACCACUGCCGGUUGGUUGUAAGAUUAGGAAAAAUAAAAGCACCGUCCUGUAGGGGAGCUCUUCGCAAGGGCUUUCAUAAGUUUAAAAAAAUGUCGCUCACGAGGGGCUUAGGGGCCUGUCACACUGGUUUUAAGUAUGCAGACCUCAAAACAAACGGUUUUUACGAUAUUUAUGCAGUUACAUCUUUUGAGAGAAACUCUUUUAAAUUUCAGACAAAGCGUACACUUUCUAAACCAAUCCAUGAUUUUUUUCAACCAGCAGCAUUGUUUACUUAGUGGGGUGCAUAGAGUUUUGUGGAUCUUUAGCAAAUUAUUCGCAGCUAGGGGUUUUGGAAUAAAUUGGGGAACAAAUAAAACUGUCAAUUGGACUAAAUGGAACUUUUCCAUUUAUGAAAGAAAAGAAGACAAACAAAGUAUUUUUGCAGCUCUCACAAUAGUUCCUGCUUCCCCUCCCCACUUCACCCCCUCUUUCCUCGAGAUCAACAACAACCUCUUUCUAUGUCAUAACGGAAUUGAAGUUUUGCCAUGAUGUUACAAGUUCCAAGGGUAAUUUUUGUUUCUUGUAUGUAUUUUGAUGAGACUUUUGCCAUACUAGAAUAAGUGUUCUUUUCCUCUCAGACUUCGCUUGGAUUGCUUCAUGUGUUUUUAAAUCAUGUGAUGGGAAUGAGUUGAAUGAAUUGCCAAAAAGUAAUUUUAAAAUCGUGUAUAUGUGAAAUUGUUAUGGUUAAUGAAUGAAGUUUGAUGUCCACCAUUAAUAUUAGGCAGAACAAAAAAAAGUGAAAAAACAAUUAAGGGGAAAUUUGUGCCCCUCCUCUGUGAAUCUCAUUUAAUUAAAUAUUAAUACGUGAUGGUGUAUGUAAUAAGCGGUUUUAAGGACAUAUAGGUGCAGAGCCAUUGUGCACUUUAGAAUGUAUGUGGAUGUAAAUUUCUUUUUUAAAAUUAUUGUAUUUAUUUAUUGAAGUUGACAUUACUAUCUAUUGUUAGAAAUACUCCUAGUGUUCUGGGAGCAUGGCUGAGGACCGGUGCCAUGUUUGUAUAAAGUCAUCAAGACCUCUUUUAUUUGAUGAAAAUAACGUUUUGCCCCUCUUUCCUACCUGUCUGUGAUAAAGAAUUCAGCUUCUAGAGGCAUUCAUAAUUUUUGUUCUUUAGCUCUCCAUAAAAGAAAGCACACUUUCUUCGAUUGGGUUGGCUGUUAUGUAGUAUUCCCACACUCUCAGCAUGGUGUGUGGUCUUUUAGUUUAAAGCUUCCUCAAGAGUAGCCAAUUGAUCUUUUAAAAUAUGUGCCCGCCGUAAACAAUACCUUGUAAAUUUCAAUUAUUGGGAGUUUGCCAAACAAUUCAUCUAUUUAGGAUUUGGGGCAAAUACUUUGCUACUGUAUCAACAAACCAAAAAUUUUAAGCCGUCCAGUUUGAUCCCCUGUACUUUAAAAUGUAGAUUUGGCUGGAAGAAUGGAAUGAAUAACGUGCUACAUUAUUUAAUAAGUUUCUGCUCAAUUUGAUAAAACCAAUGUCCUUAUGGUGCAGAGGGAAGUCACAAAACAAAAAUAAGUUUGGCGAUACACCUCACCCUUUCAAUCCUUAUACUACCAAUCAACAGUCGAAAGAGUAGAAACAAGUACCAAUGCUAGACUCACCUGCUCAAAGCUCAUAGGAUUACUUUUGAAAUAUUUACAUGCCUCAAAGUAUUUUGUGACUUUCCCUCAUGCUGAGUUGGUUCCGUUUAAUAUAGACUGUUUUCCUCACAAAAGUACUCUACAGUACUAUGUCACAUUUUUUGUUUUACUUUUUAUCCUUGUCUGGUUUGAGAAAACAGGCAAUUUUCAGGCCAUCCCAGGUAAAACAGUAAGUCAUUCUGUCAAGAUCAUUGAGUAAUCAGUGUUUUGAGAUAGACAAAAAUAUUCAUCUGAAUGAAAUUACGUACCAUGAUUUUGUUUCGGUCGGCUUUCAUGACUUCUGUAUUACAUGACAAUGAUUUAAUUAUGUUCGUAGCUUUUUGUUCUACCGACAAUUGAUUUUCAAAAUGAUUUCUCUUUAAGGAAACUGCUGGGCAGUUAAAAUCUGGAUCACUGGGACAAAUUUAAAUGUAUAAUGAUGAAUUACUAAACAACAUGAUUUAUUGAAGUCUGAAAAUUAUUUACCUGUGUAUGUGUUUUGUGUCUCCAUUUAGAUACCAUAAGAGAUCUGGCUAAGCUCUUGUUGGAUUAUUUUGUGAUAUGUGUGAGUUGUGAAAAUUAAUUUAUUUUGAAAAUGCUUGACAAAAGAAUAGGAAGGUCAAACAGCUGCACUAAUAGUAGGUGUAACUUGGUACAAGCAGAUGGAGGAUGAAUUCUUUUCGCUGCACAAAAAUUAAUGAAUGUUGUGCCAUUAGAAAGGUCAUUGUCUUUUUCUGCAGUUUUAAACAUGCUGCAUUAAAAUUUUUAUUGUGAAAUUGUGUGAUAUAAAUAUUGGGGAAUAUGUCAUGUCAUACUUCCUCUUCUUAUUUUAAUUUUUCUUCAUGACACACUUGACAUUGUCUGUGCGUGUUUGUUGGCAAUGAUCAUUUAUUAAAAAGGCUUUCAGGAUUUCAAACGCUUCAUUGUCUUAACUUUAAUCCUAUAAUCUCACUUACUUUUAUUGUUCGAUAGUAAGUGUGCUAAGUAUAUUUCUUACAUGUAGUUUGUACAAAUUAUGAAAUUUGACUUUAAUUUGAACUGGAAUUACCCUUUAUUUCUAUGUUCUGUACAAUUUUGUAUUUCUGAGAUGGCUUUCAUUGAUCAUUGAAGGAAUGUUACAAGAUUCUUGAGACAUUGCUGUGUGAAAUGGCCUAAAAUUCGCUGAUGAAAGAACAUGAACAAAAUGUAUUGAUAGAGGGCAGUCUCAUAGGAGGAGGUCACAAUGUUGUGCCUUUAGACUGAAAUGUAGUGGGAAAAGUGGAAACUCUUAAGCCUCGUUUUGAGUUCCGCUAAUAUCCCAAAGAGCUUGUUUUCAAGAUGAUUCCCUUUGCCACUUCGCUUCUACCCAUCAUCCUUUCCCUAACAUUAACUUUAGUGUCAAACUGAGCAAAUAGUGAAGGAAAAUAGUGAAGGAAAAGUUUGUUCCAUCAGUACGUACAAUCAGUUCUAGUCCCUUGGAAAACAGAAAAAAGAGAGAAAGAAGAAAUCUUCUUCAUUUUAACUGAGACAAUACUAGCUCAUGAAUAGUACCGGUUUGAUUGUUAUUUUCUUUUUCUCUUUUAAGAAAAUACUUUGAAAAUACUGGAAUUUUACAAUUAAAUUCAGGGUCCUUAAACUCUCACAGCACAUAGCUGAAUGGGACUUAUCAACCAUGUCCAGCUAAAAAAUGCUCGUAUACCAGCCCAAAAAAAGAGAAAGCAGAAAUUUCUACAACAUGUUUAAAAUCGAUGUCAAGGCAUCACCCCAAACAAUGGAGUUAGAGGACCUUGACUGCAGUUCUUGUAAUAAUUAGAGUUGUGUUCUAAGAAUUGAUCUUUUCCCCAAUACCAAGGUUUUAUCACAGGGUUUGGAUUUCAGAUAAAAGUGGCAUCAUAGACUGCAACCUUUAAGAUGUCAUCUCAAAAGAAAUCAUUUGACAUUCAUAAGCGUAAAUUUGCUGAAUUACGAUCAGCUGACACAAAAUUUUUCAAGUUCUGUCCCAUUUGUAAGGAAGGUGCUUUUAAGUGUUGUCCUUUGUUGGGUAAGCAAGAGGCUUGCAGCAUGAGAUCCUGCCAUUACACUGUUGAAAUACUGUUUUGUGUUUGUUGCGUGUUCUUUGUUUGCUUAUAGGACAUACACAUGUCUUUUUUAAAGCAUUGUUCCUAUUUUUAUGUUGUGCUUUGUGAAGUAUUAUUAUUAUUAUUAUGUUUUUUGUGUUAAUACUCUAUUUGUUACCUUUGCUUUGUUACAUUAUGCACGUCCAUAAGUGUUCAUGUUUUCACAUGGAUUUUCUCCAUCCAGAGACAGCACAUUUACUUCUCCAGUGUUCAAACAUUUGAAACUAAUGGUUAAUUGUUAAACCAAUCUAUUUCAGUAGGUUAUGUGAAUUUGAACUUAAAUUAAUUUUUAAAAAGAAAUCAAUGGCUACAUACAAUAAUAAUUGAGUGCAUUACCAUGUAGACAAGUCUAAUGCUUCCUCUCUUGUGUAGUCUUGCUUACAGACAGGUUGAUGUCACUAUGUUUCACAUGGUUGUAUUAUAUGUCAAUAAAGGUUUGAUCCUCAAAUAAGUA